GCGGGCCUGCAAUACAGCAGAGCUGGGCCCCGGUAGCAACACAAGAGAGGGGAGGGGGCAUGGAAGCGGCCCAGGCCGCAUGGCACGCAGCUGGGGCAGACGUGGCAAGAAGCCAAAUGGGGGCAUGCGGGCCUGCUACAAGGUUAGCAGGGGCCCAGGAGAUGCCAUCAAUGGCCCAGGCGGCCUGGGUCCCCACCAGGCCCGGGCCAGGCCCUACAGGGAACCCAAUGGGAGCGGGUGGGCUGCUCACCGCCACCCGGGAGAGUGGAGCUAUGGCGGGCUCGCCCUGCUACAGGCCUCUCCAAACACCAGGGCAACAGGCCGGGCCUACAGGCAAUGGCCAAGAGAGCCAACAGGGAUGGGCCCCAGCACCAACAGGAGAGGCCAACCGGGCGGUGCCCAUGGGCGCUGCGGCAGGGAGGGAGGGAGCAACGGCCGCACAUAGCGUGGCAGCCCAGGGUAUGCCCCCCCCGCUUUGUCUCCAACAGGUACAAGGACCAGGCAACGGCGAGGGCGGGACGCCACAACAGCAACAAGGGAUCACACCAGGAGCCCCAGGCCGAGACAGCACAACCACAAACUACAACAACAGCGCAGGUACGCACGUUGGGCUACAAGGACAAGGACAACUGACGGUAACCAGCACUUCUUCAGCCGCAGCGGGGGGGGGGCAAACGGGCGGGCAAACGCUCACAGAUUUCAUUGACAGUUUGCGACAGCUCUUAGGGCAGUGGGAUGGAAAAAGCCAAACACCGGGAGGGGCACCCAGCGCAGCAGCACCGUCCACAGCACAGGUCACAACAGCACAAGGGUCAAUAGGGGGCCCAAAUAGUGAAGGGAACGGGGAAAAACGGGGGGACAAGCCAGUGCCACUCUCGGACUCAGCCAAGGGGCAUGCUUAUAUCUGUUUCGAAGGCCCCCUAGGGUCACAUCUGAAGCCAGAGGUGCGGGAAAAGAUCUGGAAACGGGAAUACGUGGAUAUCUUUACACUGCUCCCAUUAGAGAGGUUCAACAUUGACAAAUUUGAGAAAGGGAAGGAACACAGAAAGGAGGAGGAUGAAGAUAGGCGCCGCUACAGGCUCAUACCCAGGACAUUCGGCAAUUGGCUACAAGCCUUUGCCAUCCUGGCUAGUGUAGUAGGAGAAAAACACCCCGAGCACUGCUCAGCCCUGUUCUGCUACCUAGACGGAAUCUGGGAGGCACACAGGGUUUACGGGGGCUUAGCUUGGCUGCGCUAUGACGAGCAAUUUCGUCAGAGGAUGGCAGUCAGACAGGAUGUCAGAUGGGACCACCGGGACAUCGGCCUCUGGAUGAGGCUGAUGAACAACAAAGGGUAUCAGGGGUACGGGGGUCCGGGGACGACGGGCCAGCAGCCCUUUCCAAAUAGCUCCAGCGGGCAAACUUCCAGCCCAGCUGGGGCACACAAAAAAGGAGCUUGCUGGGCAUUCAAUGAUAGCCAAUGCAAAUGGGGGGCAUCAUGCCGGUUCAAGCACGAAUGCUCCCUGUGCGCUGGAGCACAUCCACUCAGCAGGUGCUUCAAGAAAGGAAAAGGAACAGGGGGUAAGUUUAGGGACGGCUUUGGGAAAGGGCCAGACGCCGGUGAGGCUAGAAGCGAUGCUCCCAUGGCUAAGUAAAUACCCAGCCAGGGACAAAGCAGAAUUAUUAAAAAAGGGUUUUCGGGAUGGGUUUAGGAUCCCGGGAAGGGAGGGGACACAGGGGGGCCAAUUAAAAAACUUGAAGUCAGCUAACACCAACCCGGGGCUGGUAAUAGAGAAACUUUACAAGGAGGUGAGCUUGGGGCGCAUGGCGGGCCCUUUCAAGGAACCACCAUUACACAACCUUAGAACAUCUCCCCUAGGCCUGGUGCCUAAGAAGGAAGCCGGUAAAUUCCGGCUUAUUCACCACCUAUCACACCCCAAAGGCACCUCAGUGAAUGACGAGAUUGAUAAGGACUUAGUGAAGGUCUCUUAUACCUCCUUUGAUGAAGCAAUACGUUUAGUAGGUAGGGCAGGACGAGGGGCCCUGAUGGCUAAGGCGGAUAUAGAGUCAGCUUUCCGGCUCCUGCCAGUACAUCCGGAAUCACUACACUUACUGGGCUGCUACUUUGAGGGACACUACUAUGUGGACAGGAGUUUACCCAUGGGCUGCUCCAUAUCCUGCGCAUAUUUCGAGGCCUUUAGCACAUUCCUAGAGUGGGUAGUUCGGGAGAAAGCAGGGGUUGCGUCAGUCAUCCACUACCUGGAUGACUUUCUCUGUGUCGGCCCGCAACGCUCCAGCCUAUGCGCAGUGCUCCUUGAGACACUGCAGGAGGUUGCGGAGCAAUUUGGGGUACCGUUAGCACGGGAAAAAACUGAGGGCCCUAUCACAUGCUUAAAAUUCCUGGGCAUUGAGAUUGACACGGUCAGGCAGGAAUGCCGGCUACCCAUGGACAAAGUACUAACGCUAAAAGAGGAAGUAGGAUACGCGAAGCAGGCUAAGAAGGUGACUUUAAAACAGCUCCAAUCUCUCCUAGGAAAACUUAAUUUUGCUUGCCGCAUUAUCCCCAUGGGGAGGGUGUUUUCUAGGAGUCUAUCCAUGGCAACAGCAGGUAUCAGGCACCCCCAUCAUUUUAUAAGGCUCAACUCAGAACACAAAGCUGACCUAGCGGUCUGGAGCACCUUCCUCCAGGACUUUAAUGGGAAAGUAUACUGGCCAGAAGAGGUAGUGGAGAACCCCGAGAUCAGCCUAUUCACAGACGCAGCAGGGGCGACAGGCUUCGGGGCAUACUUGUCAGGCAAAUGGUGCGCGGCGGGGUGGCCCCAGGAGUGGGCCACGCGCAACCUAACAGGCAACCUAGCAUUUCUAGAACUCUUCCCAAUAAUAGUUGCAGUAGAGCUUUGGGGUCGGGAACUGUCCAACAAAUCUGUUUUGUUCCGCUCAGACAACAUGGCAACGGUUCUAGCGGUCAACAACCUAACUUCCUCCUCACGCCCGGUGCUAGCACUACUACGGCACCUGGUACUACGCUGCUUACAACUUAACAUCAGUUUUAGAGCAAAACACAUCCCAGGCGAAAUUAAUGAGAUCGCUGAUGCUUUAUCUCGGUUUCAGUGGAACAGGUUCCGGGGGCUAGCGCCGGCAGCGGAGCAGGAGGGAGAGCGGUGCCCAGACCUUGUAUGGAAUCUGGUGCCUCAGAUGCCCUCCAGUGCAAAGUAUGGCUAAUGGGACACUCCUUCAUACACUGGGCGGAAAGGAGGGCAUCAGUUCGCCAUGCCGACCGCCAAUUGGGUUUCACGGUAUCUCAGGUGAAAUUACACUGGGUUAGUAGAAGAGGGCUCAGGUGGGACGAGAUAGUACCCAGGGCAGUACAGAAAGCAAAGGAGUCGGGCCCGCCUAAUGUCAUAUUACUCCACGCAGGGGGUAAUGAUUUGGGUAUCUGUCCCAUGAAAGCCUUGAUCUCCACCAUUAGGACAGAUUGUUUUAGGCUCAGAUCACUGUUCGAGGGGUUAAUUAUCAUAUGGUCAGAAAUAAUUCCCAGAACCCACUGGAGGGGAGCACGUUCACACAGGGCCAUCAACAGGGUUAGAAUAAAGGUAAAUAAGGCAGUAGCAAGCAACGUACAGAAGAACGGGGGGAUAGUGGUUAGGCAUAAGGAAUUAGAGAAUAACAUGGCCUUUUUUCGCACAGACGGUAUCCACCUGAAUGAGGUUGGGUUGGAUUUGUUUAAUUUUAACUUACAGGAAGCCAUCACAUUGGCUUGGAAGUCAUGGCGGCGUAUGCAGAGCUGAAGGGGUCCAGCUCUGCAUACUAUGGCGGGUCCUUGUCAGUCUGCCGGGGAGGAAAGCUUGUUCUGGUAAGCCAGAUCAGGUAGAGUGGAUGGUUUAACC